AUGACUGUUUUGCUUAAUAACGGAGAAGAUAAAGAAAAACAAAAAUUAAUUGCGGUUACCAAAAAUGCGCUCCAAAAAGUUAUUGAAAGUAUCAAGCCUAAUAUUACUACUACCCAAGAUAUUGGAAAUGUAAUUGAAGAUUAUGUGCAAGGCCAAGGAUAUCACGUAAUAAAAGAAUAUGGCGGGCACGGAAUUGGCCGAUUUAUGCACGAAAAGCCUUUCAUUCCUAAUUAUAAAAUUUCUUCUGAGCGAAGCGUGGUUAUCCUAGAAAAUACGGCCAUUUGCGUAGAGCCCUUGGUCCAAAUUGGAAAUGCCGAAAUCAAAUUGUCCCCGAAUAACUGA